ACUAAAAUAAAAAAAAACAAGUGCAUUUUUUAUUGCUUCUGCCUUCUAUUGAAUAUUAUUAAUUUGUUUUAAAUAAGUAAUAAAUGCCCCUAGCCCUGUUUUAUUUGAUAAAGUUGCUGUAAAUAAGUGUUGUCAGUUGUUGUAGAAGUUUAAUUUAUAAAAUUGGUGGUCUUCCGUGACGUACGAAUCGAAUGGUGUAGUGUAUGGGUGUGCACUCGCGAAGCAAAAUGGAAACAAUAGUGCAAUAAUUAAAUCAAAGCUGUUGUGAUGCACUGAUAGUAAAGUUUAUAUGACUGUAAAGGGGGUUCUACCCAAGAAGGGCAGGGUAUGAAUUGGGUCACGCAAUAAAGAUGGAUGUGGUGAACCCCGACGAUGGCCACUACAUACAACAUGACAGCCUCCUGCCGAGCAGCAGCCAGGGGUCAGAGGACUCGAGCAGCACAGAAACUGACAGCAGUGAGAGCGGAGAUCUGAUGACUGAUGACCUAGACAGGACAAAUGAAGACCUCAAAGAAGAUCUACAGAACACAGUACUUCAGUGCUAUAAAUCUGAUGCUAAACUCACAUCACAUACAUCCAGUGAAAGUAAUGAUGAAGAAUUUCAAGCCUCAGCCUUGUGUCAGUUCAUGGAUAUCCUCAAUGACUUAGAUGAAGUUCUGGACAAAUCUCUCUUAGCAUGUUUAGAUGAAGAAGUCAAAACCUUGGACAGUGAUGAAGAGGAUGUGAUUUGUAAAACAAAUGACUAUGAUACAAAUGCACACACCUCACAGCAAUAUGAAACUGGUCCUGUGUCUAUUGAUGAUGACGCUCAAGUUGUCUUCAGUAGUAAUGUUCUGCCCUCGGCGCCACCUAUGGAGGAUUUUGAUGAGGAGCCAGAAAGAUGGACACCUCCAAACAUUGUUAGGUCAAAAAGCUUAUCAGAUCUCAGAAGCAACAACCCAACUGUAAUACCUCUAGAGAGGACAGCCACCGUGGAUGAUGAUGUGAGGGGUUCAAUGAGAAGACUGGAUCCUAUAGUGCUUCCGGCCAUCACUGCACAGGAGCCUCUGACAUUACCAGUGAUAUUAUUCUUGGAGCACCAUGUGAACUUGAGACCAACAAGUGCCCCAAUACAGCUGCAAGUAACUGCAGCCAAUUUAAGUGGAGAUGGGACAUCUGGGCCGCUGAUAGUGGGGCGUAGAGCUCUGUUAAUGAAUAGAGCUUUAUCCCUGCCAUCUCCGGGUGACAGUGAUGUGACGGGGGACUGGACGGGGCGCAACACGGCCCGCAGUGAGACUAGAAGUACAAGCACAUCCAGUUCCUCUACUGAAUCUCUGAAUGGAGUGCUGCCUCCGAGCCAACCUUUACCCAGUGCUACUGAAGAUAGAAACGAAGAGACUGAAGGGCCCCCGUUCGGCGCGUGGCCGCACCGGCUGUGUGCCAUGCUCGCCUGCCUCAGCUGCACUGUAGGGCUGUUCAACAUCUCACGCUUCGCCGUGUUUAGUGUUCAUUUUGGAGGUUGUUUCCUAGUGCAAUUUUUUAUACUGUCCCUGUUAUUUGGGAUACCGAUGUUUCUGCUAUACAUGUGCCUUGGACAGAUACUGGGGCAAGGCCCAGUAGAUAUGUGGGAAAUCUCGCCUAUAUUUCAAGGAGUGGGCGUGGCUUUACUCGUCAUACAAGCCGCUAUAGGGGUGUAUAGUAUUAUUGGGCUGUCGUGGAUAUUCGUUUACUUCAGGGAUUCGUUUAUAAAUGCCGGUGAUCGGUAUAGAUGGGCGCUGCCGCAUGAUCUUAAUUUUGAUGAUGCAGCUGCCAAAUUGAACGGAACAUUCAAGAUAGAGGAGACGCUCCCCCAAUACUUCCACGGCGAAGUGUUGCAAAGGAACUUGGCCUCUAACAACACGCAUUACGGAACAAUUAAGUUUCAAGUUGCCUUCAAUUUGGCGGUCGUUUGGAUGAUCGUUUUCGUCGCACUCAGCAAAGGAUUAAGAUCUUAUGGGAAGGCAGUUUACAUGCUAAUUUUCCUGCCUAUUUGCGGUACGCUGAUAUUGUGUACCAAAUUGCUGACACUUAUACCGUACGACUCUGUAACGAACAUAUUCUCCGAGACUGAUUGGAAUGAGUUCUUCAUUAACAGCAAUAGUUGGGUGGCAGCUUUCCAAGAGACAUUCCUGACUUGGGGCCUCCUUGGUUCAUGCGUGCAACAACUGACGUCUCACAAGAACGCAAGGAAGAAGUCCCGAUCCAUGCUGAAGAAAGAAUGCGCCUGUAUAGUGGCGUUCACGUUUGCCGUUCUACUUCUAGCGUCGUUUUUGGCGAAUGCCUGUGUGCAGAUACUGAAGAAUUAUGGGUAUAAUUAUGUGCCGGGGAGUUUUGAGAACGUGAAGCUGAGUCAGUUCCUGUUCCCGACCUCUGACCCGGCGGCCGGAGUCACCGCGUCGGCUCCCGUGCGCUACUCGCUGCACUACGGCAGUCUCAUCGGCGUCACGCAGUGGAAGACAGGCACAUUGGCGCAAACAGUGAGCGGCUGGCAACCCCUGCAGUUGGCUACGCAAAUAGUUCCCGCCACGUUAGCUGUAUUGCCCGCUAACUUGCUAUCCCCAGUCUGGGCCGUAAUCUUCUACUUCAUCCUGAUCUCGUUCGGGCUGGCGCAGCAGCUGGCGGUGUGGCACUGCGUGGUCGCCGGCAUCAUGGCCAUCAAUGAAGAGGCUCUGAGGGUCUGGGAGACCACGAUCACCUUCCUGAGUUGCGUGUUCGGAUUAGUUGUGGGGCUGUUUCUUACUACUGAUGCUGGAGUGCGUAUCGUCCAUUUCAUAGACUACGUGGCGACGGGCUGCUGGGUGCAUGGCUGCGUGCACAUCGCAUUGCUAGCGGCCGUGUUCCUGAUCCGAGGCCGGCCGUACUGCGGCGAGGCGGUGGCGCGCGCGCUGUGCCGCCGCCGCGCCGCCGCCGCCGCGCUCAGCUUCCUCUGGAGCCUGCUGCUGCCCGCCACGCUCUGUGUAUUCAGCGUAGUGGACCUGCGCGCCGGACAACAACGGGUGCUCUAUAACUGGAGGAAGGCGCCAGGUUACUGGCCGAUAUGGUGCCGCCAAGUGGCAGUGUUGAUGCAACAAGGCCUCAUACUGACGAUGCCUGUCACUGCAUUCAUACAGACCUGGCUCUACAUGAGCAAAGGACCGCCGGAUAUAUUAGACGAUUACGACGAAACCGAAUGUCUGGAAGAGCUGCGCAUCCAGAACCUCUACCGGCCUCGCAUAGGCGACCCGGAGUUGCCCCCCGCGCCCGCCACCGCCGCGCCGCCAGCGCCGCCUCGCGACCCCCCUCCCAAGUACACGCCACCACCGUCGUAUUCGACCGCUACUGCUGCUGCUAUUAGAAACACGUUAAGGGAGAGCUUUCGGACUUUGCGCAGGUUAAGACCGGGCAGAGCGAACUCAUCACAGAACGACACAUCACAAAUCCCCAUCACACUGAGCGAGACCGUCGACAACGAGCGUCAAAUAAUUCCCGACACACAACCGCCAGAGUAUUCCGGAAUGUUCGGCACCCCCUCCAUAUCCGUCACCGACGAAACCGACUCCAGAAACCCCCGCCCAAUCUCUUCAACUUCCCGCAACUCACUAGCCUUCACCCGCGAAUAUUUGCGCAGAUCGUUUGUGAGGAAAAGCGAUUCGGUGAAGAGCAUACGGUCGAGCUUGCGAAGGAGUUUCAAGUACGGAGGUGCGUUGACGACGAGCCACGAACACUUGGUGAGAGAUGCUGAGCCGAUAUCGAAUACCGUGGCCAUGUCGGCCAUGUUGGACGUGCAGGGGUCGCCACACGCGCGCAGUCGCGCCUCGGUCAUAUAAGAUUUUUAUGGUAUGUAGUUUGCGUGUUCACUGGGCCAAGUAUUUUGCAUAACCGAAAAGCUAUCCCAAUUGUUUUUGUUAUAGCCAGUCAUCGUUACAGGCGCUUUUUAACGGAAUACAAUUUUAGUUUACUUUUUGAUGAGACAAACUCGCAAUAACCAUGAUAGAAAUAUGUAAGACGAGAAUAUGAAAUUUUGUUGAAAUGCUGAAGUUUUGGCGAAUAGUUUUUUUGUCUCGGUGUGUGCAUGGCCACGAAAUUACUUUACAAUUUACUGGUAAGCCUGUGAAACUUUUACAAGACACGACACAUUAUGUCGAAUAUAUUUCAUAUACUCAAAUAAUAAUCAUCAUCACUUACAUAAUCAUUCAUAUUUUAGUGCCUCGUCAUAUAAUGGCAUAAUAUUUGUUGUAUAUUAUAGACUGCCCUUGUUUUUAGAAUCUCACAGUUUAAUAUAACCCUUAUAGGGUAUUUUAGAUAUUAGUUAGUUGUAAGAAACAUUUGAUAUCAUGCCACGAAUCUACAGUAACAAGUAUUAUUAAACGCCAUGUUAUUAAUUGUUAGUUAAUUAAAGAUGUUACUUAAAAUAUAGCAUCACAUGGUAAUCGUAUACAUUUAAAAGAUGAGCUUAGAAGAAGAUAAUAAGACAAUUUGUAUGUAAUGCAUUUUAAAACCCCAAAAAGAUGAAUUUUAACAUUUUAGAAGUAUACUGUGUUUGCCUUAUAUAAUUUAAGUGAAUAUUGAUUGAAUGUGAAGAGUUCCCAUGGUGCAAGUUAAUUUUUACACUCAGAAAACUAUACAUAGGUACAUCACAUUUUAAAACAUUCCAUAGGAAUUCCGAGUGUAAAAAUGAGCCCAUUGUUUUGAGUACAAUGAAUUAGUUAAAAUAUUUUUAGAAUAGUUUUAUAUUUCCACUUAGUGUAAUUAAAAUUUGCCUUAAUUUU